GGCUCUGGGAGAUCAUGGAUCCCAACAGAAUUAUCCAGGCGCUCAAGGGCACCAUCGACCCCAAGUUGCGCCUCGCGGCCGAGAAUGAGCUCAACCAGUCCUACAAGAUAAUAAACUUUGCUCCUAGUCUGCUACAAAUCAUUGUUUCUGAUCAAGUGGAAUUUCCAGUCAGGCAAGCAGCUGCUAUUUACUUGAAGAACAUGGUGACACAGUACUGGCCAGACCGGGAGCCCCCUCCCGGAGAGGUGAUAUUUCCAUUCAAUAUUCAUGAAAAUGAUCGUCAGCAGAUUCGGGAUAAUAUUGUAGAAGGAAUUAUUCGUUCUCCAGACUUAGUGAGAGCCCAGCUGACAAUGUGCCUUCGUGCUAUUAUUAAGCAUGACUUCCCAGGUCACUGGACGGCAGUGGUAGACAAGAUUGGGUUUUACUUGCAGUCGUCGAAUAGCGGAAGCUGGCUUGGAAGUCUCCUGUGCCUGUACCAAUUGGUAAAAACCUAUGAAUAUAAGAAAGCUGAGGAACGAGAUCCUCUCAUUGCUGCAAUGCAAAUAUUCUUGCCUCGAAUUCAGCAGCAGAUGAUCCAGCUUCUUCCUGACAACUCCCAUUAUUCUGUGCUCCUUCAGAAACAGAUCUUAAAAAUUUUCUAUGCACUUGUUCAGUAUGCUUUGCCACUUCAACUGGUGAAUAACCAAACCAUGACUCAGUGGAUGGAGAUUUUCCGGACUGUCAUUGACAGAAGUGUGCCUCCUGAAACUCUGCAGGUUGAUGAAGAUGAUCGGCCAGAGUUGGUGUGGUGGAAAUGUAAGAAGUGGGCUCUGCGGAUUGUUGCUCGUCUUUUUGAAAGGUAUGGUAGUCCUGGAAAUGUAACAAAAGAAUAUUUUGAAUUUUCUGAAUUCUUCUUGAAAACCUAUGCUGUGGGAAUCCAACAGGUACUCCUAAAAAUCUUGGAUCAAUACAGGCAGAAAGACUAUGUAACUCCACGUGUCCUUCAACAAACAUUAAACUAUCUGAACCAGGGAGUCCAUCACUGUAUAACCUGGAAGCAGAUGAAACCCCAUAUUCAGACUUUGUGUGAAGACAUCAUCUUUUCUUUGAUGUGUUAUAAAGAUGAAGAUGAAGAACUCUGGCAGGAGGACCCGUAUGAAUACAUCCGCAUGAAAUUUGAUGUGUUUGAGGAUUAUGCAUCCCCUACAACAGCAGCACAGAUUCUUCUGUACACUGCAGCGAAAAAACGAAAAGAGGUGCUACCAAAAAUGAUGGCAUUUUGUUAUCAGAUUCUCACUGAGCCCAACAUUGACCCUAGAAAGAAAGACGGGGCAUUACAUGUAAUUGGAUCACUAGCAGAUAUUUUGCUGAAGAAAAGCGUGUUCAAGGAUCAGAUGGAGUUGAUGCUGCAGAAUCAUGUCUUUCCGUUAUUCAUGUCAAAUCUUGGAUAUUUAAGAGCAAGAUCCUGUUGGACCCUCCGUUCAUUCAGCACCUUAAAAUUUCACAAUGAGCUCAAUCUAAAGAAUGCAGCUGAACUAACAAAAAAGAGCUUGAUUGAAGACAAAGAAAUGCCUGUCAAAGUGGAAGCUGCCAUUGCACUUCAGUCCUUGAUAAGCCAUCAGGAGCAAGCAAAGGAAUACAUUAAGCCCUACAUCAGGUCUGUUAUGCAGGAGCUGCUGCUUGUAGUUCGAGAGACCGAGAAUGAUGAUCUGACCAAUGUAAUUCAGAAACUGAUUUGUGAAUACAGCCAAGAAGUAGCAAUAUUUGCUGUGGAAAUGACGCAGCAUCUGGCAGAGAUUUUUGGUAAAGUUCUUCAAAGUGAAGAAUAUGAAGAAAUGGAGGAUAAAACUGUUAUGGCCAUGGGGAUCCUGCAUACAAUUGACACAAUCCUGACUGUCAUGCAGGAUCACAAGGAGAUAACUCAACAGCUGGAGAACAUUUGCCUGCAAAUCAUCGGUCUUGUCUUGCAGAAACAUGUAAUAGAGUUCUAUGAAGAAAUUCUCUCUCUGGCAUACAGCUUGACGUGCCAUCUUAUUUCACCCCAAAUGUGGCACCUCCUGGGUGUCUUAUAUGAAGUGUUUCAACAGGAUUGCUUUGAGUACUUUGCAGAUAUGAUGCCCCUAUUGCACAACUACGUCACUGUUGAUACUGAUAUUUUAUUGUCAAAUUCCAAAAAUUUGGAGAUAAUUUAUGCUAUGUGUAAAAAGGUCCUAAGUGGUGAUGCAGGUGAAGAUGCUGAGUGCCACGCAGCCAAGCUCUUAGAGAUUGUUAUACUGCAGUGCAAAGGAAGGGGUAUUGAUCAGUGCAUCCCUCUGUUUGUAGAAGCUGUGCUUGAGCGCUUAACGCGAGGAGUUAAAACCAGCGAGCUCCGCACCAUGUGCCUCCAGGUUGCCAUUGCUGCCCUCUACUACAAUCCCCAGCUCCUUUUGCACACUUUAGAGAAUAUCCGGUUUCCUCAUAACCCAGAGCCUAUCACGGCGCAGUUUAUAAACCAGUGGAUGAACGAUACAGACUGUUUUCUUGGGCUUCAUGACAGGAAGAUGUGCAUCAUCGGACUGAGCAUCCUCAUGGGACUGCCGUCUAGACCGCCUGCAGUAGACGCUGUGGCUGCCCAGCUCGUCCCAUCGGUUCUCCUCCUAUUCCUGGGACUAAAACAAAUGUGCGCCACCCGGCAACAUGCAGAACAUGAAGAGCAUGGGAAAGCUGAAAAGAAUGACGCAGAAGAUAAUGAAGAGAUUCCAAGUGACGAAGAGGAAGCGAAUGAAGCAAAUCAGGACAUGCAGGAAAACCACGCCGGGGGUGGUGGUGACACAGGAGAUGACGAUAAUGAAGAUGAUGACGAUGAUGACGACUGGGAUGAUGAAGCGUUAGAAGAAACUGCUUUAGAAGGCUUCAGCACCCCUAUUGAUCUAGAAGAUGGCGUGGACGAAUAUCAGUUCUUCACACAAGCAUUAUUAGCGAUACAAAGCCGAGAUGCUGGCUGGUACCAUUUGUUGACUGCACCACUCAGCGCUGAUCAGAAGACUCAGCUGCAGGAAAUCUGUGCAUUAGCUGAACACCGGAGAAACUCUGCAGAAUCAAAGAGGAUAGAACAACAAACGGGCUUCCCAUUCGAUAACAAAGGACUGGUCUCUGGAUAUAACUUUGGCACUGCUCCAGGAAGCAACUGAAGGGGAAAGGAGCUUUAAAGAACUGC